ACCAGCUCUGUCCUGAGCCUCCUCCACGGUCAGAUGAGGCCACGCACAAAUUGGUGAAGCAGCACUUCAUAUUUUACAACCCAGUGAUAUGUAUGUUGAUUUCUCUAAUUUCAAGUAAUUCCAGCAUUCCCUCCCACCACUCUCCCCCACCAUAGUCAUCCUGCUACUUACACUUUUCGCAUCCUUGUAUCCCUUCGAUACCACCUCUUCCCCAGCCUACAAUGGACCAUUGUGGGCUCCACUCUUCCUUGGUCAUCUGUUGCCAGCCCUGCUUUGUUCUGGCCUUUUCCUCCUCCAGUUCACUCCCCCCUCUACUUUCAGUUCUGACCCAUCCUUUUUCUCCAGAGAUGCUGACUGACCCACUGAGUUACUCCAGCACUUUGUGUCUAUCUUCAACCUAUAUUCAAGGACAGGUGAUGUUAGCACCUGACUGUUUAAACCCAAACCUAGUUCUGCAUAUCAUACAAUGUAAUGUUGUACAUACUUGCAUUGCAUAUUUUAAAAAAUCAACAUGAAACUAAGGGAUAUUUCCAGCUUUAAGAAAUGUAUGAAAGAUAGACACAAAGUACUGAAGUAACUAAACGGGUCAGGCAGCAUCUCUGGAGAAAAGGAAUAGGUGACGUAUUGGGUCAAGACCCUUCUUCAGGCCAAGUCAAGGGAGUGGGAAACUGGAGGUAUGAGGAGGUACAAAGAACAAAAGAAUGGAAGGUGUGAAAAGAACAAAUCAAGGCCAGCAAGGAUAGUCAAGGAAAGGCAGAGCCCACAAUGGUCCAUUGUUGGCCAUGGAAAAAGUGAUAACGAGGGAGUAUGAACAUUGAAACUAAACAGGAUGACGAUGAAACUAGUAGGGGGACUAGGGUGGUGGAGGGACGGUGAGCGAGAGAAUGCAAAGGUUAUUUAAAAUGAGAGCAAUCUAUAUUCAUACUGCUGGGGUGUAAGCUGCGAGAGGAAAUAUGAGACGCUGACCCACCAAUUCGCCUCACUCUGACAGUGGAGGCCCGGGACAGAAAGUUGAGUAUAGGAUUGAAAAGGGGUUAAAGUGUGUGUCUGUGGGUUAAUUUUAAUCGUGGAUAAUAAUUGCACACUUUGCAGUUACAAUUUUCUUUCGAGAAGAUAAGUUAUUUUUUUUAUAAAUACAUAAUCAAUUCCGGAUCUAUCCUCGCAAUCUUCACUUCCUUUUAAAAUUGAAACGGUACAGAUGGAUGGUUUUGCAUUAAGGGAAAAUUAUUCCUGCGGUUGUCAUAAUCAAGGACAGCUAUCAACAGCCAUAACAUGCUACAAUCCUCGUGACUUGGUCUCAUCCGGUCCCAAUCUCAGACGUUGUUUUGUGUUUACACCUCCUGCCCAUUCCCUGGAUUUGGCAGAUAUCUCCCGUCCGGAUAGGGGCGUUCUUUCAUUAUGCUAGAAGCCGGUUCCCUCCUCGACAGAAAUGGUUUCAUCCGGAGCCAGGUAUAAGAAGCAGGGCGAAGCGAACAACGUUCACACUGCCUUCUACUUGGAUCGAGCAAGCUUCGAAGUGGAAAGACAAAAAAAAAACACACACACAAGCAAGCAACGCUUUUUAUUUUGUCCCUCCCUGAAUGAAAGCGGCGGUCUCUGCGCAUUUGGCACUUUCGGAACAUUUGAGUUAAGGCAUUGGUGAAUGAGACGGCUGCAGACACUUGUUGUUCAACAACUCUCAGUCGCUCGAAGUAGUUCACAGCAAUGAAUUCAACGCUGGUGAAUGAGACCGCCAGCCUUGUGUACACGAACCGUAGCGACCCCUUGGAUGCCAUCAUUAGAUGCUGUGGCAACAACUUCUCCUCGGUGGUGACUGGCGAAGGCUUCGUCUUGACCGCUCCGGACGAGAGAAACCUCUAUACCAUGAGAGUGGUCCAGAUCGCAGUGAUGUGCGUCCUGUCUCUCACCGUCGUUUUCGGGAUCUUUUUCCUCGGCUGUAAUCUGCUGAUCAAAUCAGAGGGCAUGAUUAACUUUUUAGUCAAGGAUAGAAGACCUUCCAAAGAGGUGGAAGCCGUCAUGGUCGGUCCAUAUUAACAAGAACCACCGGCAGAAAUAUAUACAUAUAUUAUAACUCAAGGAUGAGGACGUCUGAGGUUGCUGACAGCGACGCUGCCUUGUACUCUGGUACCAAACUAGAGGAUUACAGGGACUUUGAUCAGUAUUUUGAGCUUCGGAAGAGGAAACCAAGCAACCGGGAGCGGACCCGUCAGCGUCUGGUUUAAUAAGAGGACUUUUGGUGAGAAAUAUAAGGGGAAAUGUUGGGCUUUUCUGCUGGCAUUGACUAUAUACACACCCUGUCUGAACCAUUUGCCAAUCCCUUUCUGUGGCCAAAUUUGAUCAACUGAGGAAUGUCCAGGAACCGCUGCACAAGUCGAGGGGAGCAGCUCACUCGCUACUAAAACGACUCUACCGACCGCUAAAGUUGUAGAUAUAAUCGCCUUGUCUAUCGAUAUUUUUGUAAAAUAGUUAUUCCUUUUAUUGGAAUUCGCCGGUGUAUCUUGUCGCUUACAUAUUUUUCCUACAAAGAACAUUCCAAUCCGUUCACCGGCAAAAUCAUAUAAAUGUCCAAGUGUAUUUUCAACGUUGGUUGUAUAAAUUGCAAUUUAAUAGGAAACCUCUAUUUCGGAAGUGUCAGGCUGUCAGUAGGGUCACUGAGCCCAUAGCAUGUAUUCGCACUGGUGACAGAAGACGUCUAUAGCAUUUUGUAUUGCAAAAUAUAAUUAAAACGUAUACAUUUAUUUUGGGGUUGUUAUUCGCUAACUUGAGACGGGUGUUGCGUUGUGUUGAUCGUAGAUAGAAAUGGAAAGUUGGGUCAGCUGCUGGGAAACGCAGUGAAGUAGCAAUCGGUGCUCCCUGGAGCAAUGCUAAUGCUUCAGUGAAGCCUUUCUGAAGCUGAGUAUCUGAACGCGGCGAAGGGAUGAAGACUCGACAGCGAAACUGAGUAACUUUUGAGAUUUUAACCCUUUGUGGAUUCGGAUCAGAAAUUGGGAGUUGCUGUCAUAGUAAAGGGCGACGAGUUCACAGUAAAACUUCGCCCUGGAGAUGUUAAGUAAACAGUCGAGAGUGUUUACGGCUGAAAAGGACACUGCAAGCUGUAAAACGGGACGCCCAAUUGACCAACUCGUGGGUGAGAAUACCAAAACACUUUAUAGUUUGAAGAAGGGUCUCGACCUGAAACGUCACCCAUUUCUUCUAUCAGAGAUGCUGCCCGUCCUACUGAGUUAUUCCAGCAUUUUGUGUCCCUUUUCGGUGUAAACCAGCAUCUGCAGUUCCUGCAUACACACCUUAUAGUUUGUGUUUGUUUCCCUCUGCUGUGGUAUCGCUUUGUAUGAAGGGAGCGGAUAUUUGUUGUUAAUACUGAAUAAAAGAAAAACAAAAUAUAUCAUUUAGAUCGUGGUUGGGCCUGAAUAAUAGAAAAGAUCAGUCUGAAGAAGGGUCCCGGCUCGAGUCGUCACCUAUCCAUAUUCGCCAGAGCUGCUGCCUGACCCGCUUACUUCAGCACUUUGGGUCGAUGUUUUUGUUUGUAAACCAGCAUCUGCAACUCCUUGUUCCCACAGUUUAUCAUUGCCUUCUAUGCGGACAGGAAGGCGUGAAGGGGCGGAGAGAGGGGGUCUCUAGAAGCGGGCUCUCCAAACCUCAUUUGCAAAAUCCAAAUUGCUAUUUCAACAUGUACAGUCCGUAGAUAUGCAUGCAACAAAACAUGGACUCGCGUCUUCCUGGAAAUACUGAUUCAUAAUCUAUUACAUUAUUUGCAUGUAUCACAAAUGCAAUCCUUUUACACACAGAAACACCAAAUAGCGAACACACUUAUUCCAGACAAUUCUUGUAACCAUCAGCAAAAGCUGACUUUAAUAGAAUAAAUGUGUAUCCAUAUCCCAUGUUUUAUUGAAUGGUAAUCGGGAAAUGGUUAGUUUAAUUAGUGAGGACGAUUUAAGUACCGCAGUUACAGUAUUACUUCGUCUCGUGGCAGAGCUGUAUGUUUGACGCCAUGGGUGCACAAACCAGACAAAGAUUUAGGCACACGUUUUGUUUUGAUUGUGGUAUUUUUUCAUGAAUGGAAAUUUAGUUAUUCAUUGGUCGAUGGGAAUAACUCGAGGGACAGGAGGUGGGAUUUGGGCGAAAGAAAACGCUUUCAAUAAAUAGGAGUUGGCCACCCUUUAGACAAACAAUAAUGCCUCGAUCACAAAUGCGAAUAAUCGGAGUAUUUUUACCACUGGGUGAAUUUAACAUCAACAAGAGGGAUUAAAGAUCCGUUUAGUCAACUGGCAACAUUCUAAGAAAUACAAGAGCAUUUAUCCUUGUGAUCUGACCCCGGCAACACCACGAAAUAACAUUGACCGCUUUCUUUAGUGUUUCCAUCAAUUCACGGUGCAAAACAUUGCAACAUGAUUUAUCAUCGGGGGGUGGGGGUUAAUCCAACAAUUGCGACGUGCCCUCAUCUUAAAAUAAGUACAUUGUUUCCUCGUUUCAAUGCAGUUUCUAAAGGAAAGCUUUAAUGUCACCUCCUUUCUCAAUCAGUGGAUGGUGCCUUUUACAAUUUAAAGGAUAUCAGUUCGAGAUAAUAUAUGGCAUGACCUCGUUAGUUUGUCGUUUUGAAUUAAUUAUCGAUUACCAUUCAAUAAAACAUGGAGUAUGGAUACACGUUUAUUCUGUUAAAGUUAGCUUUUGCUGAUGGUUACAAAAAUUGUCUGGAAUAAGUGUGUUUGUGUGGUGGGGGUGAGUAACGGUGUCCCCAAAGUGUGUAGGAAGGAACUGCAGAUGCUGGUUUACACCGAAGUGCGAGAGUAACUCAGCGGAUCAGGCAACAUCUCUGGAAAAAAGGACAAGGUAACGUUUCGGGUUGGAAACCCUUCCUCCGA